AUAUUAACGACGCACCAAAACAACGUGACCUUUCAAAUAUGAAGCGAGAUGUGAACGUUGAAUAAAAACACUUGGAAAUCGGAUCAACGCAUUCAAAUGACUAUAACAUCUACUUUUUCAGAAACCAGGCAAUGUGUGAAUUAAAUUUGAAUCGCUUCUUUUUUCCUGGUUAGAUUUGAAAGCCACAAUCACGAUGCUGCGUUUCCUCACUGCCCGGGAUUUGAGUUUAAUCUUCAAGAGAAGUGUUCCUGCUUCGUCAUGCCUUGCAAAGAGACAGGUGAAUCGCUUUCAAAGAGUUAAUUUCUGCACAACAAGCCCCUCCAGGAAAGAUGCCUCGCUUCCCAACCCACGUGUAUCAGAUGGACCAGAGACUAUAGACCUGGAUAAAUGGAAAACUGUCAUGAAGUCAAAAGCUACACCAGAGGACAAGAUACAAGUGGAUGAAGGUGAAGAUGAGGAGGAGACAGAGGGAGACAUGACACUUGAAGCAAUCCGUGAACUGGUUUCAAUGUGGAGGCUUGCUGGAAAACUUGUGCCUCAAGAAAUCACUGAUGAGGAGCUCCAAACUCUGGCAGAACUCAGCACAAAGUCUGCAAGAAAGAAGUACCUAAAGUAUCUAGCUAUCAGAGAGGGUCACAAGAAGUCUAGGAAAGAGAAACAGCAGAAAAAGAAAGCCCACAGGGAAGCCUUGAUGGAGAAAAGGGUUGAGGUCGAGGGUGAUGGUCAAAAAGAACCAGAAAUGAAAAACUCUUUAAUUUUACAGUUUUGGAACCGGUCCUUGGACAGACUUUUGGCCUGGAGGAGCGCCCAAGCUAUGGUUUUUGGUCAGCCAUUGAUUUUUGACUUGAGUUAUGAGGACAAUAUGACAAAACAAGAAAUUGAAAAUACUGUAUCCCAGCUCAUGGAAGUUGAGGCGUGGAACAGAAGAGCCAUUGAUCCGUUUCAUCUACACUUCUGUAACCUGCAACCGGACAGUUAUUACAAACAGCAGCUGAUCAAACGCUAUGGGGAAGAAACUUGGGAUCGACUGUUUAUAACCAGCACCGAAAAGCAACAUUUUGAGGUUUUCCCACGUGAACAACUUGUGUAUCUCACUGCUGAUUCUCCAAAUGUCCUUCGCACCUAUGAUCACAAUAAAGUCUACAUAGUUGGGGCUUUAGUCGACCGCUCAAUCCAAAAAGGACUGUCUCUAGCAAAUGCAAAACGUUUAAAACUUGCCACAGCACGUUUGCCUCUGGAUGAGUUUCUUCACUGGGAGAUGGGGGCUAAAAAUCUGACUCUGGACCAGCUCAUUCGCAUCAUGCUUAUGAUUAAAGACACAGGCAAGUGGGAAGAGGCUUUGCAGUUUGUGCCAACAAGGAAACAUGAUGGAUUUCAUCCUCACCAACGGAAAGAGACCAAAUCUGUGACAAAUACAAGUCAAAAGAUAUUUAAAAGUGGGAGCAACUCAGCAAAAGACUUGAUGCUUGGCAACAGGAAUAUAAAACCUACAUUAAAUAGACCAAAGACUAUGAAAGCCAAAACAGGAAAAUCAAAACAAGCAAACAGAAAUGGAAACUGGUGGGAUGAGUGAGGACAGAAGGCUUGAACUAAUGCUCAAAAACCACAUUUAAAUAAAAAAAAAGCUUUUAUUUUUUAUUUGUUGAAGGCCAAUCUCAUGU